AGAAAAAAAAAAAAAGGGUCUGUAUAAGUCUGUUCUCAUCAUUCAUAGGGAUCUUAACGAUCGGCAUAGAGAUGGAGAAAAUCCCACCUCAUGUUCUCAUCUUCCCCAUUCCAGCCUUAGGCCAUGUUAACUCAAUGCUCAAGCUCGCCGAGCUCCUCAGCGUCGCCGGCAUAAACGUUACUUUUCUAAACUCAGAGUACAACCAUAGCCGUCUUGUUCGUCACACCGACAUUUGUUCUCGUUACACUCAACGAUUUCCUGGCUUUCAAUUCAAGACCGUUACAGAUGGCCUUCCCAUGGACCACCCACGAACCGGAGAUCGAUUUGAGGACGUUUUAUAUUCAGUGAAAUCAGUAACUCCUCCUCUUUUGAAAGAUAUGCUUUUGAAUGAAAUCAAGCCUCCAGUCAACUGCAUCAUUUCGGAUGGAUUUAUGAGCUUUGCAAUUGACGUCGCCAGGGACUUGGGAAUUCCGAUUAUUUAUUUUCGUACGAUCGGAGCUUGUGCUUUAUGGGCUUACUAUUCUCUUCGUGAGGUCAUUGAUGCCGGCGAGCUCCCUAUCAAAGGUGCUGAAGACAUGGAUCGCCUGAUAAAAAAUGUGCCCGGCAUGGAAAGUUAUCUCCGCUGCCGCGAUCUUCCAAGCUUCUGUCGAGCUAGUGACCCCAUGGACAAAAAUUUUCAACUUUUUAUGGGCGAGACUCGCUCAUCUCCCCGAGCUGAUGGUCUCAUAUUGAAUACAUUUGAGGACUUGGAAGGUCCCAUAUUAUCCCAAAUUCGCACUAUUUGUCCAAAUAUUUACACCAUAGGACCGCUCAACGCUCACCUCAAAGCAACAGUUCCCGAAAGUACGUCAUUAAAAUCCUCAAACAGUUUCUGGGAAGUUGACAGAAGCUGCAUUUCAUGGCUUGACAAACAGCCUCCACAAUCAGUUAUCUACGUUAGCUUUGGCAGCAUUGCAGUGCUCUCAAGAGAGCAAUUGCUAGAGUUUUGGCACGGUCUGGUGAAUAGCAACAAACGGUUCUUAUGGGUGAUUAGGCCUGAUUCAAUUUCAGGAAAAAAUGGGGAGGAUGAAAUUCCUGAGGAGCUUGUUGGGGCCACCAAGGAGAGAGGGUACAUGGUGGGCUGGGUGCCACAGGAAGAAGUUUUAGCCCACCAGGCUGUUGCUUUGUUUUUGACUCACAGUGGAUGGAACUCGACAUUGGAGAGUAUUGUGGCGGGGGUGCCCAUGCUAUGUUGGCCGUAUUUCGCUGAUCAGCAGGUGAAUAGUCGAUUUGUUGGCGAGGUGUGGAAGAUUGGAGUUUAUAUGAAGGAUUUGUGUGAUAGAAAUGUUGUUGAGAAGAUGGUUAAUGAGCUGACGGUAGAGAGGAAGGAGGAAUUCAUGAAAGCAAGCUCUGAGAUUGCUGAUUUGGCUAGAAAAAGUGUCAAUGAAGGUGGAUCCUCGUACUGUAAUUUGGAUCGCUUGAUAAAUGACAUUGAAUCGAUGAGCUCAAGAGUCUUUUCUUGCUGAAGCCUGGUUGCAAUAUGCAUCACUCCAGGGUUGAAACUUUUCAAUUGUUUUAAUAAGGCAAAAUUAGCUGAGUUGUUUGAUAAUAUUUAAUGAGUUCAAUGAUUCCAAUCAUCAAUGGGAAUAAAGCUGUUUGAUUAUUCA